AGAGGAAAUGCGAACGGUCCGUCAUUCGCGCUACUUCAGAGCUUGGUGGGCGAAGGGAGAAGUGAAAGAGACCGCGGGACAAAGGAAAGAAGAUGGAUUUGAGUGUUGUGAAGAAAGAGGUGGACGAAGCCGUGCUGGUUGACGCUCACGCCCCCAACGACGCCAAGCUUGUCCGGAUUAUUUGGGUCGAUGGUUCGGGACAACAUCGAUGUCGGGCUGUUCCAUUUAAGCGGUUCAAUGAUGUGACUAAAAGGAAUGGGAUAGGGCUGCCUUUUGCCGUUAUGGCAGCGAGUUCUUGUAACGAUUGCCCAGCUGCUGGGAGUAAUCUUAGCAGUGUGGGCGAGAUGAGUCUGAUGCCAGAUUUAUCAACCAAACGGACGGUUCCUUGGAACAAGCAGGAGGAGAUGGUUAUGGGUGAUAUGCAGCUUAGACCUGGUGAAGCCUGGGAGUACUGUCCAAGGGAAGCCUUACGAAGGGUGUCUAGAAUCUUGAAAGAUGAAUUUAACCUGGUAAUGAAAGCAGGGUUUGAAAUUGAGUUCUUACUGUUAAAAAAGGCAGUUAGAGAUGGGAAGGAAGAUUGGGUGCCGUUUGAUUCAACGCCCUAUUGUUCUGCAAUUUCAUAUGAUGCUGCCUCUCCUUUUCUUCAUGAAGUAGUAGCUUCUUUGAACUCCUUGAAUAUCACCGUGGAACAGUUGCAUGCAGAGGCUGGGAAAGGUCAAUUUGAGGUUGUUUUAGGGUAUACUGCUUGUCUCAAUGCUGCUGACAACUUAAUUUACACGCAAGAAGUGAUCAAGGCUACUGCAAGGAAGCAUGGAUUGUUGGCAACAUUUUUGCCCAAGUAUGCAAUGGAUGACGUUGGUUCUGGCUCCCACGUGCAUGUCAGCUUGUGGCAGAAUGAUAAAAAUGUUUUCAUGGCGGCUGAAGGCUCUUCUCAACAUGGAAUGUCAGCCGUCGGGGAAGAGUUCAUGGCAGGCGUUUUACAUCAUAUUCCAGCAAUUUUGGCAUUUAUCUGUCCAAUCCCCAACAGUUAUGCUCGUUUACAACCCAAUACAUGGAGUGGAGCUUAUCAAUGUUGGGGAAAGGAUAACAGAGAAGCUCCAAUUAGAACGGCUUGUCCUCCUGGAAUUCGUGCAGGUUCAGUCAGUAACUUUGAGAUCAAAUCAUUCGACGGUUGCGCAAACCCAUACUUGGGUCUAGCCGCUAUCCUUUCUGGUGGACUAGAUGGCCUUCGGCACCAUCUUCAGUUGCCUGAGCCCAUUGCCUUUAAUCCUUAUGAGAAUGCUUCAAAGCUCAAAAGGUUGCCCCAAUCGCUUGCUGAGUCUGUAGAGGCUCUGGAAAAGAACAAUACCUUGACAGAGCUUAUAGGUGAAAAGUUGGUGGUUGCCAUAAAGGCAGUUCGCAAGGCAGAGGUGGAAUACCACUCAAAGCAUCAGGAGGCAUACAAGCAACUUAUACACAACUAUUAAGGACUGACUCACAAACACCUUAAACAUUUAUAAUUAUGAUAUUUUAUGAACACUUUAUAAAGGUUUUAUAAUAAGAAUUUUAUUUUUGUUUU